AUGACUUUGGAAACAGAGGUAAAACAAAAACCAUGUUUUGGAAAGGGGAAAGUGCCCCCUGAAGAAGAUCAGAAGAAAACGAACACGGUAGCCCGUCGUUUGUGGCACGGUGACCAUGUAGAGAUUUGCUUCCAAGGCGAUACGUUUUGGAACAAUGUCAUUGUUGCGUUCUCACAGCUUUUGCUGCAAGCCCUGGCUGUCUCACCCAUUGGGUGGAGUAUUGUGAACAACAAGAAUCCAAGACCUCAUCAAAGGCAUAUCCUGGUUGUCCAACCUGCCGGUUGCCGAUUGAUACAUGGGGGCUAUGGUGGAGAAGCAUCAAAAGAUACAGUAGUUUUAACGUCGACGAGGACCCAGACGAAGAACUGGACGAAAUUCUUUCAAACAUGGUUGGAAGGAAGAAGAUGGGGCUGUGAAAUGCCCCACCAUCCAUCCAGUGUGGCAUUUGGAUCGAUCACCAAAGAGGAUGGGUGCAAGCAACCAAUAAAUAUGAAGUGCACUUGGUGUAACAACAAGUCCUUGUGGCCAUGA